AAAUAAGAGUACUCUUUUGCCCCUCUAGAAACGAGAGUAUAAGAGUGUUGCCAUUAUACACCGGCGACAAACAGGAAGCAGACUAAAUGGAGGCCCUUCCCGUUUCCUUACUCAUCCCUCUUUCACUUUGCUUCAUCGCCGGCGUCUUCUCCCUCCUCGUCUACUUCAAUUCUAAGCCAAACAAUGAAGUAGCAAAGCUCCCACCCGGGCCGCCGGCUGUGCCGGUCCUCGGCACCAUCCCCUGGUUUCUCUGGCACCGGCUGUUUCUCUCCGGCGAAGCCAAGGAUCCGAUAAGGGAGCUACACGCCCGGUACGGCCCCGUCGUCAACCUCCGCAUUGGAUCGCUCCCCGUCGUCCUCGUCGCAGGGCCCGCCCUCGCGCACGAGGCCCUGGUCGAGCUCGGCGGCGCGUUCGCAGACCGCUACAGGCUUCCCCCUUCCCUCCGCUUCCUUGACGGCGGCCUCCACCGGAUUUCCACGGCGGGGUACGGCCCGACGUGGCGCCGCCUUCGCCUCAACCUCGUCGGCAAAGUCCUCCACCCCUCGCGAGUCGCGCUCUUCGCGGAGGGGCGAGCGUGGGCGCUCGAGCUCCUCGUCCGACGCUUGAGCCAGCAGUCUGGCGGCGGUCCGACCGUGGUCAGAGAAAGCUUCCACUUCGGCCUGUUCGCGUUGCUGCUCUUCAUGUGCUUCGGGGAAAAACUAGAAGAUGAAGCUAUCGAGGAGAUCAUGAACGCGCAGCGGAGCCUUCUGCUCUUCAUGGAUAAGCUCGGAGUCCUCGCGUUGGCGCCAAGCAUCACGAAGCGCGUCUUCUGGCGGAGGCGGCGGGCGGCGGCGGAGAUGCAGGGGAAGCAACGGGAGCUACUUGUCCCUCUCAUCAAAGCUCGUCGGGAAAACCGUGGGAAACCAAGGGAACGCGUGGAAUCCUACGUGGACUCGCUCCUGGACCUGGAGCUUGAAGCCGACGAGCUGAGGAAGACGCUCGGGGAGGAUGACAUCGCGGCGCUCUGCGGGGAGUUUCUCGAUGCAGGAACAGAGACCACGGCGGCGGCGCUGGAGUGGAUCAUGGCCAAUUUGGUGAAGCACGGGGACAUCCAGGCGAAGCUGGUGGAGGAGAUGGGGACGGUGGUGGGCGGAGGAAGAAGAGUGGGCAUCGCAGAGGAGGAUUUGGAGAGGAUGCCCUACUUGGACGCGGUGGUCAAGGAAGGGCUGCGGAGACACCCGCCGGCGAAGUUCCUGCUUCCACACACGGCGACGGCGGAGGGGGCGACGUUGGCCGGGUACCGGAUACCGAAGACCGCGCAGAUUAUCUUUGAGGCGGCAGGGGUGGGGUGGGAGGAAUCAUGGGAGGACGCUGAAGCCUUCCGGCCGGAGAGGUGGGAAGAGGAAGGGGUCGAGGCGGCGCUGAGCGGGAGGGAGAUGCGAAUGAUGCCGUUCGGGGCGGGGCGGAGGGCGUGCCCGGCGGCGGCGCUGGCCAUGCUCCACCUGCGGUACUUGGUGGCUAAUCUGGUGUGGAAGUGGGAGUGGAAGGCGGAAUUGGAGGAGGAGGUGGACAUGGCCGAGAAGGAGGAGUUCGUGGUCGUCAUGAAGACUCCAUUGAAGGCUCGACUUGUUCUGCGCGCGGCGGCGCCGCCAUGUGAAUAGGAUAAAAUGAAGAUAUGAGCACCGGAGCUGGAUGCUCGGUGGAACUUGGAUCUGAGCCUAGAGUUGGAUGCUCGGUGAAAUUUGGAUCUGAGCAUUAUGCUCGAUGGAACCUAGAUUAUUUGAGCAUCGGGACUGGCUGCUCGGUGCAACUUGAAUCCGAGCACAAGGACUACGUGCUUGGUGGAAUAAAUAUCCAA